UUCCCUGUUCUCUUCCGUGUGUCGCACCCUCUUCUCUCCUCCUCGGAGAAGCUUUUCGGGGUGGAGCAGCCCUGCCAGCAGCUAAUGUUUAAAAAUGGAGCUCGGUGUCAGUCAGUGAUAAGAAAUAAUGAAGAAUUUCACACCAUUUGCCGCUUAUAUCGCAUCGCCUUGUCAGUUGACUUAAUAAGCCAACGUAGCGCCGGGCAGACUGAUCCUUUAUGGCGGGUCUGUCGUACCUAGUGCUCCGGUUCUCGGGCUCCGCUGGUCGGACGUACGGAGUGUUUUGCAAAGGCUUGACGAGGACUUUGUUGAUAUUUUUUGAUCUGGCAUGGCGGCUGAGAAUCAGAUUUCCUUAUAUAUACCUCGUCGCUUCUAUGGUGUUUAAUGUAAGACUUCAAGUUCAUAUUGAAAUCCACUGAAAACUCAACACCUACUUUUUAAAAAAAAAAAAAAAACCUUAAAUCUGUGAAAAGCAAGAACUGCCAUGCUACAGCCAUCAAAAGAUGUGCAAGCGACAAAUCUGAACAGCGACGUCGAAGGAGAGGACACCCGAUCCUGCAAGCUGGUGUGACAAUGCAAUACAGUGAGGCGGUUGCUUGUUUUCAGCAGUUGUCGUACGAGCUCGGUGCCUUUGCAGAAGAAGGACAGAAUGGAUGUUUGUCAAUGUGAGACAAGUUGACGAGCGACACGUGGAGGGAAAAGAGGCCUUGCAGCUGCUGAACCACGAGCUGUUCGUGGGGACUUAAACAUGAAAUAAGACGAUUGUGGCUGUGAAACUUUGUAGCUUACCCUUUUUAGUGUGUUUCAGUCAUGUUUGUUUAUCAGUAGUGUUGCAUCUCAAAAUUAAAACCUGAACACAGUUCAGUUUACUUUACAACAGAAACAUCUCAGCAUGACAUGAACAAGCAUGUUUAAUUUGUCUUCGUGACACUGAGGUUGGCUUCAGCUGAACAAACGGUACAUGUUCUCUCUCUCACGCAGACGAUGCUCCAUGUCUUGCACUGGCGAUUGCACUUGCAGGUCGUCACGGUUACUGUUUUUGCAAACCAGUAGCCCAAAAGGGGACACGUUAGUAAAAAAAAAAAAAAAAAAUUAAAAUAAUGCGAAACAUUUUGAUGCUGCAGAUUUAUUUGAGCGAGUCGGUCUGGAGAUUUGUACUGUCAGAACUGAUUGUGAGAAUGAUCAAACUGGAAGAAAUAAAUUUGUAAAAUCACAACU